UUUCACUCAUUUUCUUCUCUUUUUAUCGCUCUCUCUUCAAGGGGGGUAGUGACUAGUGAGCGAAAUAAGGAAACCAUAAACAAUGGCGUCUCUGCCUUUCUCUGCUACUUGUUCUCAUCACUCCACCUUCAUAGAUUUCAACUAUACAGCAAGGAACUCAAAGCUUUUCUUCCCCAGAAACUCACGUUUUACUUUCUCAAGGAGGAAUUUCCUUGUCAAAAGUGUUGCUAGCAACCAAAAGCAGCACAUCAAAGGAGCUCAAGUCACUGGGGAAGCUUCUCUAGAUACCUUUGUUCCAGAUUCUGCAUCCAUUGCAUCAAGCAUUAAAUACCAUGCUGAGUUCACACCAUCUUUCUCUCCGGACCAUUUUGAGCUCCCCAAGGCAUUUUAUGCAACUGCUGAAACUGUUCGAGAUUCACUUAUUAUAAACUGGAAUGCUACUUAUGAAUACUAUGAGAAAAUUAAUGUAAAGCAGGCUUAUUAUCUUUCUAUGGAGUUUCUACAGGGUAGAGCUUUGCUAAAUGCAAUAGGUAAUUUAGAUCUUACAGGAGCUUAUGCAGAAGCUUUGAAGAAGCUGGGACACAGUUUGGAGGAUGUAGAUAGGGAGGAACCAGAUGCUGCACUUGGAAAUGGUGGCUUAGGACGUCUUGCUUCAUGCUUUCUGGACUCCCUAGCAACACUAAAUUACCCUGCUAGGGGAUAUGGACUUAGGUACAAAUAUGGACUGUUCAAACAGCAUAUUACGAAAGAUGGUCAGGAGGAAGUUGCAGAAAAUUGGCUUGAGAUGGGAAAUCCAUGGGGAAUUGUGAGAAAUGAUGUGUCCUACCCUGUGAAAUUCUAUGGUGAAGUCAUUUCAGGGCCUGAAGGAGUUAAACAAUGGGUUGGAGGAGAAAAUGUAAUGGCUGUUGCUUAUGAUGUUCCAAUACCUGGAUAUAAAACUAAAACUACAGUUAACCUCCGACUAUGGUUUACUAAAGUUGCACCAGAUCAGUUUGAUUUACGUUCUUUCAAUGCUGGAGAUCAUGCCAAAGCAUACGCAGCAAUGAAGAAUGCUGAAAAGAUUUGCUACAUAUUAUACCCUGGUGAUGAGUCACUUGAGGGGAAGACUCUUUGACUGAAGCAACAAUAUACAUUAUGCUCAGCUUCUCUCCAAGACAUCAUUGCAUGCUACGAAAAGAGAUCAGGAGAGUCUGAGAAUUGGGAAAAUUUCCCUGACAAGGUUGCAGUUCAGAUGAAUGAUACUCAUCCAACACUCAGCAUUCCAGAGCUGAUACGGAUAUUAAUGGAUGUGAAGGGUUUGAGCUGGGAACAAGCCUGGACUAUCACACAACGAACUGUUGCAUACACAAACCAUACAGUUCUGCCUGAGGCACUGGAGAAAUGCAGUCUGGAGCUAAUGCAGAAAUUGCUUCCUCGACACGUUGAGAUCAUUAGAAUGAUUGAUGAGGAGCUGAUUCAAACUAUUAUUGAUGAGUAUGGCGCAGAGGAUCUGGAACUGUUGCAAGAAAAGCUGAAACAAAUGAGAAUUCUAGAUAACAUUGAGUUGCCUCAGUCAGUAGCUGAAUUGUUUGUUAAACCAGAAAAAAGUUCUGUUGUUGAUUCAACUGAAGAAGAUGAUAUUUCUGAUGAAGAAACUAAGCCAAUUGAUGAGGAAGACCAACUUGAGGAACAGGACAUUGAGAACAAAGAUGAGGCGACACCAAUUGAGCCAGAUCCAAAACUUCCCAAGACGGUCCGAAUGGCUAAUCUAUGCGUUGCUGGUGGCUAUGCAGUGAAUGGUGUUGCUGAGAUUCAUAGUGAAAUAGUGAAAAAUGAAGUUUUCAAUGAAUUCUACAAGUUGUGGCCUGAGAAAUUUCAAAAUAAAACAAAUGGGGUUACACCAAGAAGAUGGAUUCGCUUUUGCAUUCCAGACUUGAGCAAAAUUAUAACUAAGUGGACUGGAUCAGAAGACUGGGUUGUAAAUACGGAGAAAUUGAUGAUACUUCGUAAGUUUGCUGAUAAUGAGGAUCUUCAAUCUGAAUGGAGGGAAGCAAAAAGAAGAAACAAGGUUAAGGUCGCAUCUUUCCUCAGAGAAAAAAUUGGCUAUAUUGUCAAUCCCGAUGCAAUGUUCGAUGUGCAGGUAAAGCGCAUCCAUGAAUACAAGAGACAAUUAUUGAACAUUAUGGGAAUAGUUUACCGCUAUAAGAAAAUGAAAGAAAUGAGCCAUGAGGAAAGAAAAGCAUGCUUUGUUCCUCGGGUAUGCAUAUUUGGAGGAAAAGCUUUUGCUACAUACAUCCAAGCCAAAAGGAUAGUGAAGUUCAUCGCAGAUGUCGGGGCUACUGUAAGCCAUGAUCCUGAAAUAGGAGAUCUUCUGAAGGUAGUGUUUGUUCCUGAUUACAAUGUAAGUGUGGCCGAAAUGCUUAUUCCCGGCAGUGAGCUAUCUCAGCAUAUAAGUACGGCUGGAAUGGAGGCUAGUGGAACCAGCAAUAUGAAGUUUGCAAUGAACGGCUGCAUCCUAAUUGGAACAUUAGAUGGAGCUAAUGUUGAAAUAAGGCAAAAGGUUGGUGAAGAUAACUUCUUUCUCUUUGGUGCAAAGGCUCACGAAAUAGCUGGACUAAGGAAAGAAAGAGCUGAGGGAAAGUUUGUGCCAGACCCAAGGUUUGAAGAAGUGAAAGCAUACGUCAGAAGUGGUGUUUUUGGUCCCUACAACUAUGAAAAACUGAUGGGAUCCUUGGAAGGAAAUGAAGGUUACGGUCGUGCCGAUUAUUUCCUUGUCGGAAAAGAUUUUCCUAGUUACAUUGAGUGCCAAGAGAAGGUUGACGAGGCAUAUAGAGACCAAAAGAGAUGGACAAAAAUGUCGAUUUUGAACACAGCUGGCUCAUACAAGUUCAGCAGUGACCGCACUAUUCAUGAUUAUGCCAGGGACAUCUGGAGGAUUGAUCCUGUUGUGCUGCCAUGAUUACUUAUGUGUUAUCCUGGUGAAUGCAAGUUUAGCCCAUCUACAUCCUCCUUUCUGCCUUUCCAUGUGUAGAAUUAAGUACAUUUAGUAGUAUAGCAUGGUAUAGUGCUAAUUAGUCCUAUCACUAUAUAGAAGAGCUGGAAGGCCUGGAAUCAUCAAGAUCUCCCAAAAAAUAUGCAGUUGAUCGCAGUGAUUUACAGCAAGCAAGAUUCUUAUCAAGGUUCAGUAAACGCCAAUACUGCAAUUACAAGCUGCAAAGACCUCCUGCCUUUGUGAUGUUGCAAAAAUAUUGGAAUUGCCAUAACUUGAGUCCUUCUGUUUUCAUAAAGGGUUGCAGGAACAGAAAAAAUGGGAAUAAUAGGAUGUGCAUUGGGUUUUUAAGAUCUUAUAAUGAGACCUUCAUUACUUCCUUGUCUUU